AUGAAGUUCGGGAAGAGCAUCUGUGUGCUGAAUGUAGGGGGGACCCGUUACGCCUUCACCCGUGAGGUGAUCAGGGAUUUCCCUCUCCGGCGCGUCAGCCGCUUACAUGCCUGCGCGACCGAGAAAGAGGUCCUGGAACUGUGCGACGACUACGACAGAGACCUGAACGAGUUCUUCUUUGACCGCCACGCGCAGGCUUUCGUGUUCAUCAUGCUGUACGUGCGCUCCGGCAAACUCCGGUUCGUCCCCGGAGUCUGCGAGCUUUCCUUUUACACCGAGAUGCUCUACUGGGGGCUGGAGAGCGCACACCUGGACUCCUGCUGCCAGAAGCGCCUGGAUGAGAGGAUGUCCGACAUCGGGAUGGACAGUCUGUCAGAGGGGGACGUCAUGCUACCCGGGGAUGAGUGCCAGAGUCCGGAGGAUACGGUGCAACGGAUUGCGCUCAGUGGGCGCGCCAAAUGGUUGGAGAGGAUGCGCAAAACCUUUGAGGAGCCCAACUCUUCUCUGGCGGCGCAGCUUCUAGCCACAGUUUCCGUCAUUUUUGUGAUUGUUUCUAUGAUCAUGCUGUGUGCCAGCACGCUCCCCGACUGGGAUACAGCUAAGAGGAAUACCGUAGAGGAGCACAGGAUAGUGGAGGCAGUGUGCAUCGGCUGGUUUACAGCUGAGUGCAUAGUGCGCUUUCUGUUGGCAAGAGACAAGUGCGACUUCAUCCGCCAUCCGCUGAACAUCAUCGAUGCGAUUGCCAUUACCCCCUACUAUGUCACCAUGGUGAUGGCCGGAGCUGGGAUGCCGGGUGCUGGUCUCGGGGUCGCUGGAGUGAUGCUGCGCGUGUUGAGGGUGAUGAGAGUGUUCUGGCUGAUGAAGUUGGCCAGACACUUCCUGGGCCUGCAGACUCUGGGGCUGACGCUCAGGCGCUGCUACAGGGAGAUGGUCAUGCUCAUGGUGUUUGUUUGCGUGGCCAUGGCGAUAUACAGUGCUCUGGCACAGCUGUUAGAGCACGGCUUGGACUUGGACUCGAAGAACCAGGACUAUGCAAGCAUCCCUGCGGCUGCCUGGUGGGUCAUCAUCUCCAUGACUACAGUUGGGUACGGGGACGUAUAUCCAGUGACGAUUGGUGGACGUGUUCUCGGGGGAAUGUGCGUAGUUAGCGGGAUUGUUCUCCUGGCCCUGCCCAUUACAUUCAUUUACCACAGCUUUGUUCAGUGCUACCAUGAACUGAAGCUCCGCUCUGCCAGAUAUGCACGAAACGUGUCUUCAGAGAUCCUUCAAUGAACUCAGAUAAAUGCCAAAUCAAACAGAGACACAGCUCAGAAGAUAUCUAGGAAAUACCAAUUGUGUGACCUAACCUGUUUCCUUGCUUUAGCAGUUUAAUGUUGUUGUUUGAUAUAGUCCCUCCCUUCUGUAGAUUUAAUGAUCGCUGCAUUGUUUUUAACCAGCAAACAGUGUGACUUAAACCAAAUAUUCAGAAUACUUUGAAUUACCGGCAGUAAUAAAUACCUUACCUGAGGUAAACAGUAGACACGUUUAUAAGCCCCACUUUCAGAGGAAAAAGCAGCGGUCCCAAAUUCCAGCUCCCUGUGGGCCAGAGUCCUGCAAAGUUUAUUUGCUUCUAUGCGUAAACACAGCUGAUAGUAGCUUCUUUGUGGAGCUUGACUGCUUCAGAUGAUAUUUAGCCAUUUUUUCAAGUGUGUAGAGUAAGAGACACAUCUUAGAGUUGCAGGACACCGUCCCUCACACUGAGUACAUAUCAUUUACGGUCAUGUGAAAAAGUACCUCUCCCUUCAGAUUUCUUGUUUUUUCCACACAUGAUUUCAGAUUCUAAAACAAAAGUUAAUAUCAAAAAUAACCUGAACACACAACAUUUGAAAGUGAACAUUUGAUUUAUUAUGGGGAAAGAAGCUAUCCAAACCAGUUUGACUUGUGUGAAAAAGGUAAUUACCAGACUGGCAAUUAGGGACUCUCUUGCUUUACAGGUUUGUUUGUUUUUUCAUUUCACCUACAUUUUAGAGCAUGAACGGCUUGUUUAAGUGCAUCUCAAUUGGAUUUUAGCUUAAAGUUUGUUCUGGCCACAACAAAACUUUGUAUAUGUUAUAUUCUGUUAGGCAUCCAAAGUUGUGCCUUGGAUCAUUGUCCUUUUGCAGGACCUCAGUGUGCUUAACCCUAAUGUCAGGAACUGAUUACAUGAACUGUAUCAUGGAGAUAGGUUACAUACAUCAGCAGACAAUCACAGAGGUGGUAGCCUCAUACCAUUACACUACCACCACCAUGUUUGAAUAUUCAUAGGAUCUUUUUUUCUCAUUUUAUCUGUUUGUGUAACAAGAUGUACACCUUGACUCAACAAAUUAUUUUCAAAAAAAUCUUUGGCUUAUCAACAGUUUUUUGUUUGCUUGCUUUUUUUUUUUUUAGCAAAGGUGAGAUAGGCUUUUGUUUGUUUUUAUCCAUCAGAUCAGGGUGGUAUGUUGCUCUCCUAUAGAGGUCAUUCUUACCCGGUCUCUUUCUUAUGUUGCAUCAUAAACACUGAGCAGAACUGAGGCAAGUGAGGCAUUCUGUGCUGGAGAAUAAGUUUACUAAGUAAACAUUUACCAGGAAAACCAUCCUCUGUUCCAUUUUUUUUAAAUCCAUUUGUAAAAAAGUACUUUAAGAAUAAAUAUAAAUACCAGAAAUUAUCUCAAAAUCCUUUCCAGACUAUUAGAUACAUGUGAGUUUGUUUCCUAUCUCUUUAUCUUGAAUUUCUUUCAAUCAGAAAAUGAUGAGUUGCUUUUUGAGAUCUUCAGCUUAAUUCUGCUGGUCUGGCAGGUUUGGGUGUGACCAGGGCAAUUUGUUUGAACUUUUCGGGUACAGCAAUGUAGUAAAUUUAUGAUCAAGUUGGGUCUUUUUAAGACAUGUCCAGGUUUGUUUGGAUAGCUUAUUUCCCGUAAUGAAUGUAUCCACUAUUUGGAAAAUAUCUUUUCAAUUAUUUAGGAACAAGUUGAGUCUUUAAAACAUGGGUCCACGUCAUGUUAGACAUCUUUAAUUUUGCAACUUGAUUUUAUUUUCAUCCAGUCACAGAUAAAAUUAAAAACAAGUUGCUAAAUAAAAGAUGUCUAACAUGAUCCAUGUUUUAAAUUUGAUCCAAGUCACAGACUUGAGUCACCAUCUCUGGCAGACAGAAAUCACAAGCUUUGGAGAAACAUGGAGACAUUCUCACAAAGCAGUAAAGCUCAUGGUCAGUUAGAGCGGAUUUAAAAACGUCACAUCGAUACAAGGAUACCCUAUAAAAUGGACUGUCAGGAAUAUUUUAACAGAGUUUACCGUUUCCUCUCAGUCCAAAUGUAACUUACUGAGAAAGUUUAAUGAAAACAGUCACAGAAAAGUGAAGAUGUGAAAAAACAAACACAGCAGCUUGUUUUGCAUCACUUCAUCUUUAGGAGGUGUAUUUGAAAAUCCCAAUUUUAGGGAACAGAGGAAGGUUAAUUGUAGAAAAUGAAAUGUUUUGAUAAAAUAAUCAAAAUGUGGAGAAUACCAAGACUUAGCAGAAAGAUACGUCUUUUCUUCAGAUAUAUAUUUUUUUAAAUCACAGCUGG